UGGAUUGGCUGUAGAGGAAGUCUUCAUUUGGGAUCUACAGCUAUCAGAUUGAGAGUGUGAGGAGAGUCAAAGGAGAAAAGAAAUAAAAUAAUUGUUGUAAUGGCUCAACCACUUGCAGUUGCGUCUAGAGUUGAGAGCUUGGCGAGCAGUGGGAUCGCUUCAAUCCCCAAAGAAUACGUGCGUCCUCAAGAAGAGCUGAUCAGCAUCGUCGACGUGUUUGAGGAUGAGAAGAAAAUCGAUGAAGGACCUCAAAUUCCAACUGUUGAUUUGAAGAGUCUCAAUUCGGAGGACCCCGCAGAGCGAGAGAAAUGCAGGGAGGAGUUGAAGAAAGCUGCCAUGGAGUGGGGUGUCAUGCACCUUGUCAACCAUGGCAUCUCUGAUGAUCUCAUCGAAAGGGUCAAGGCCGCUGGUAAGACCUUCUUCGAUCUCCCCAUCGAGGAAAAGGAGAAGUAUGCAAACGAUCAAGCCUCCGGCAAGAUUGCCGGGUAUGGGAGCAAGCUGGCUAACAAUGCUAGUGGCCAGCUCGAGUGGGAGGAUUACUUCUUCCACCUCAUAUAUCCUGAAGGCAAGCGUGAUUUGUCUAUGUGGCCCAAGACUCCUGCCGACUACACUGAGGUGACGAGCGAGUACGCGAGACAACUUAGAAGCUUGGCGACCAGGGUGUUUUCAGCACUGUCGCUGGGGUUGGGACUCGAAGAAGGGAGACUGGAAAAAGAAGUCGGUGGAGUAGAAGAGCUGUUGAUGCAAAUGAAGAUCAACUACUACCCCAAGUGUCCCCAGCCGGAUCUAGCACUUGGCGUUGAAGCUCACACCGACGUCAGUUCUCUCACCUUCAUACUCCACAACAUGGUACCUGGUCUGCAGGCGUUCCAGGACGGUAAGUGGGUGACGGCCAAGUGCGUGCCCAACUCCAUCAUCAUGCACAUAGGAGACACCGUUGAGAUACUGAGCAAUGGCAAAUACAAGAGCAUCCUUCACAGAGGACUGGUGAACAAAGAGAAGGUUAGGAUCUCGUGGGCGGUCUUCUGCGAACCACCCAAGGAGAAAAUCAUCCUCAAGCCACUACCGGAGCUCGUCACUGAAACAGAGCCCGCGCGCUAUCCGCCUCGCACCUUCGCUCAGCACAUCCAGUACAAGCUGUUUCGUAAGACCCAGGAAGGGGCACUUCUUACUAAAUGAUUCUAUCGGCAUUGAGCGUUCGAUUACGCGUCUCGUGCUAAUUUGUCCCCUUUCAUUUUGUUCUCUGCUUGUCCCUCUCAUUUCUUAAUCUCCCCACCUACACGGUUGCAUUGCUGCCGUUGCUACAUAAGUUGGAAUGUACCUUUCGCAUUAAUCAUUAAAUAAAUAGUUUAUUGUUA